AUGCCCGUAGGUGCAAUAUAUUUCAUUACACAACGUAGCACCGCCAACAACACGAGUCAGUCGAGUCCGGCGUGCGGGCAAGAUUUGUUAGUCGUAAAUGUUAACUCCGAGUGCACCGUUGUCGGCAAGAUGAUGACUGCCAACGAUUGCGAAGACAGUGCCAUGCGUUCAUGGAAGGAUUUAGUGAAAGUGAAUGGCAGUUUCUACUGCAAUUUAUCAUUGAGAAAUGCCGAACCCGAGUUGGAGCCGUUACCGUUAACGAAGACGUUGGACGCAACGGAACACAGUGCCUUUCAUCCUCAUUCGGACUGGCUGACUAAGAAUGAGCCAAUUUACGUCAACAGUCAUCCGAAUGCUUCUGUGCGUCUAUCCAACGGGACGAAUCGAACCAUUUUGCGCAUCGGCGACGACAUGCUCCGCCAGCCGGUUGAGCCGAUUGAUGGCGAAUCGAAGGAAUUUGGCCCUCCAUCAGCGCCGUCUUGUCACACUAUUAAGCUGGUCAUUGGCGAACCGUUAAGUUUGGACACUUCCGAAUACGUUUCGUGGGACGGAAGCCAAAUCGGAGCUCAGUCAGCUGCUAGCGCUGAAGGUGACGACGAUGUUGGCCAAAACGACGAUGAUGACGAUGAUGACAGUGGCUCCGAUCAAAUUCAUUUACAAGUCGAUGGAUUGCCACCGUUAUCGCCGACGUCGUCCUUUCGACGACAGUCCAUCGUCGACGAUGAACUGACCCAUUCGUGUUGCCGUUUCUUUGACCAACGUCAACAGAAACUCUCCUCUUUUGUCUCGACGAGCUGGAAUCCUACGAGCACGUCAACGCCGGAAGCGGCCAAUUCGGCUGCUGAUUCAGCUGCCAAAUCUCCAGUCCCCGGACUCAACGCCAAGAUGGAGCACCUGCGCAUGGAAAUCGUGUCUUUGGUGAACCAAGACGACGCUCUAUUCCGACAACUGCUGGCGCUCAACACGUCCAUCCACCAACUCCGCAGCCAGUCUCUUCAGCGGCGGGCUCGGACCUUAUCGAGUAGUCGUUCACGCGGUCAACUCUCACCGAUGCUAAGUGCCUCUUUGACCUCUCUGAUUUCUCUGACGUCAUUGUCAGAUGGAGAGGAUGUCGAAGUCGAAGGCGAUGACAGUGAUCCGGAUCCAAAAAAUGCAAAGGCAGUUGGGACAUCGUCAGCCGACCGUCAGAUCUGCCCAGUUACAGUUACCACCCCUAAACCGGUUGCUCCGCAGCAGCUGACGCUAACACGAAAACGAGUGUCGUAUCCACCCAAAUCACGAAAUCGGAGCAACUCACAGCUCUCCCGCUGCUCUUUCAAUUCAUCGUCUUCGUCGUCAUCGUCGUCCUCUUCAACAUCCUCGGGAUCGCCGACCUGGUCAUUGUCCAGCGCCGAUGCAAAAGCCAUUGUCAAAGGUGUCAAGACACCCCGCUCGCCGCAUUCGAGCUUCUAUUCUCGCUCGUCGACCAAACACCCACAGCUGUCGACUAAACAGCGGUCGACUAGCAAGCACGACGACCUCCUAAUGGUGUUCCACAAGCGCCAGGGCUCCUACGAUUCAGGUUGCCAAGGCUCGGAGCCAUCGGAUGCAGAAGUCUUUGUCUGACGCUCGAUAAAACGACGACACGUCAUUGUUGCAUAAAUUGUCGUCGUUUCUUUUCGCCCCACAUAUCCCAUUCUGAUUAUUACAACGCUUUCUAUGCGCAAUCAGCAACCAGCAGGAAGAAAAGAAGUGAGAAAGAGGCUGAAAACGGAAAAAAAUAAAUAAUAAAUAACGAAAAGAAAAAGAAAACGGAAUGGAAAAUAGAAAAUUUUGGCGUCAUCCUGUGGAAUAAAAAGUGCCGUUUUUCAUAACACUUGUGUCAGAGAAGAUUGAGAUGGAAUAAGCCGUAUGCCCCCCAUCUGGUGUCGAUGCCAGCCCGUCCCGGUUGCAAAGAUGUUUUGCAGCCAAAACGGGACAGCCACCCACAGAUGGACCUUCACUCUGCGAAUUGUGUGUGUAGGUGUUUUCGUUAAAAGAAAGGCACGUCAGGAGCCGCACCUCCAUGGCUCCUCUCAUUUCUGAAAGACUUAACCCAAAUUGUUAAUUCGAGUUGACGAAAUAUCACAGCAGGCACGGCCGUCUUCUCUACACUUUUUAGCUGACAUGCUCUCCCGUCUGGCCGACUGGCAUUGAUUGGACAUCGUCUCUUUUCUCUUCUAUUUUUAUGUGUUAUUCUCAACUCUCCUCAAAUUUUCAUAUUUUUUUCCCCCGCUAUUAUUCCAGAGUCAAAACUGUACAGUUAUGCUGCCGGUUGGAAGUUGGUUGCAUCGUGCGCCAAGCCAGCUGCACAGAGUUAAGCGUAUCAGUUGAUGAAAUGAGGCAAAAUCUAGAGAUGUAGGUCACGCUUCACUGCAGCAAUUAGGCAGACCGUGAACGAAACAUUUUAAACGAGGUCUUUCGUUUUAAAAGAGAAAAUUCAUUUUUUAG